CUCUCUCUCUCUCGUGAUGUCUCUCUCGACAUGGGUUUGAUACUUAAAUAAAAAAAAAAAGAGAAAAAAACAAACACAUCUUCACUUCGCCCUGUCUCUCUCUAAGCCAACAAACCCCACCCCUCUCUUUCUCUCUAGGGUUUCGAACCCGAAAAAGAUUUCAAGCAGAAACGUACGCAUACAACUCCCGCUCCAUAAUUCUAGGGUUUUGAUCGGCCGAGACUCUGUGCCACACCUACUUAACCUGCACUGUCUAGUCCUUUAGACCCUGAUUUAUCCUCGAUUUCUUGAUAAUGUAGGUGCUGCUGUUAUAAGAAGAGAAUUUGAUAUUUUUCAUGCUGGUAAAUGUUGAAUGGUUGUUACCAUGGAUUUAAAUGUGUCGCCGGUACCUGAAGGCGACGAAGAUAAUUCUGAAGGGCACGUAGAAGAAUACAGUCCUGCUGGUGAACGGUCAGAGUCUGCUGUCGAAACUGCCCGCAGGGAACGUGAAGAAAGACGUAAGCGUUUGAGAAAUGAAUGCUCAGAUGACAGACCUGUACAUGUGUCUCAGCAACCAGUGCACGAUCAAUUUUUUCCAUCUAAACGCUAUAAAUCAUAUGAUAAAAGCAAACUUCCUCCUGGCUGGUUGGACUGUCCUGCAUUUGGCCAGGAAAUAAAUUGUAUCGUUCCUUCUAAGGUUCCACUCGGUGAAGCUUACAAUGACUGCAUUCCUCCUGGUAAAAGAUACUCCUUUAAACAAGUCAUUCAUCAACAAAGAGUUUUAGGAAGGAAACUUGGUCUGGUGAUUGAUUUGACAAAUACUACUCGCUACUAUUCAACAGUAGAUUUGAAGAAAGAAGGUAUCAAGCAUGUCAAGAUAUAUUGCAAGGGGCGUGAUGCUGUACCAGAGAAUACAGCUGUAAAUACCUUUGUUUAUGAGGUCAUGCAAUUCCUCUUGCGUCAGAAACAUACAAAGAAGUAUAUUCUUGUUCAUUGUACACAUGGGCAUAAUCGUACAGGAUAUAUGAUAGCUCAUUAUUUAAUGCGUUCACAACUAAUGUCUGUCACUCAGGCAAUAGACAUAUUUGCUGAAGCACGUCCUCCAGGAAUAUACAAGCCAGAUUAUAUCGAUGCCUUGUACUCAUUCUAUCAUGAAAGAAAGCCAAUAACGGUUGUUUGCCCACCAACUCCAGAGUGGAAGAGGUCUUCUGAAUUUGAUCUCAAUGGUGAGGCAGUGCCUGAUGAUGAUGAUGAUGAUGGAGGUUCAGCUACUAGCGUGCAUGGCAAUCAUGAGAUGGCUGUCACAAUGACAAAUGACGAUGUUCUGGGGGAUGAAAUACCUAAUGACCAGCUGGAUGCACUGCGGCAGUUUUGCUACCAAGCACUUAAGUUGAAUGGAAGAGGAAAUUCACAAUUCCCAGGAUCACACCCCGUUUCUCUAAGCAGGGACAACUUACAGCUGUUAAGGCAGCGUUAUUAUUAUGCAACAUGGAAGGCUGAUGGAACAAGAUACAUGAUGUUAAUUACAGUGGAUGGGUGCUUUUUGAUAGAUAGGAAUUUUAAAUUCCGAAGGGUACAGAUGAGAUUUCCUUGUAGAUACACCAAUGAAGGUCCAGCUGAUAAGAUGCACCACUUUACAUUACUUGAUGGGGAGAUGAUUAUUGAUACUAUGCCGGACUCACAGAAGCAGGAGAGAAGAUACCUUAUCUAUGAUAUGAUGGCAGUCAACCAAGUGUCUGUCAUAGAGCGGCCCUUUCAUGAACGAUGGAAGAUGCUUGAAAAAGAAGUGAUUGAGCCCCGAAAUACUGAACGCCAAAGUAUUUACCAGAGUCGAAAUCCAAAUUAUAGAUAUGACCUGGAACCCUUCAGGGUGAGAAGAAAGGAUUUCUGGCUGCUUUCUACUGUUACCAAGGUCCUAAAGGAAUUUAUUCCAAGGCUUUCACAUGAUGCAGAUGGUCUUAUUUUUCAGGGUUGGGAUGAUCCCUAUGUUACUCGCACUCAUGAAGGCCUUCUGAAGUGGAAAUAUCCUGAAAUGAACUCAGUUGACUUUCUAUUUGAGGUUGAUGAUGAUGACCGUCAGUUGCUUUAUCUGCACGAGCGAGGGAAAAAGAAACUGAUGGAAGGCCACCGAGUUUCCUUCAAAGAUGCUCUAGAUCCCUCUUCAUACUCUGGGAAGAUAGUUGAGUGUUCUUGGGAUUCAGAGGAACGUGUGUGGGUCUGUAUGCGGAUCCGGACUGAUAAAUCAACACCAAAUGAUUUCAAUACCUACAAGAAGGUUAUGCGAAGCAUCAAUGACAAUAUAACAGAGGAUGUGUUGUUGAAUGAGAUUUAUGAGAUCGUUUGCCUGCCCAUGUAUGCUGAUAGGAUCAGGAUUGAGAGUAAAGCUCAGCAGCAUGCAAAUGCGGUACGUCGUAAGUGAUGGACAGAAUGGUGAGUAGGCACUAUGCUUAAAGGUGCUAGCAGAAGUAGAAGAACCCAAUACUGGACCUUUGAUGCUUGCUUGCUCUAGGUCUUUGCUGGUUUUACUUGGUUGAGGUUGGGUAUGUACUGGAGCUUAUCAACUAGAGGGUCACUGUGAUGUUAUGUAAUUAGCUGUAGCUCUAAUGGUAACCACCUAGUGGGUGCUGUGCUGGUGAGUUAUAUGAUGCACUUAGUGCACUAGAAUAGUUUUCAGCAUCAGACCCAAAUUAUGUCUGUCAUAGUUGCCCAGAUCAGGAGAAUUAGGAUACUAGGAUCUCCGUGUAUAUUCUUCUUUUUUUUCUUUUUAUGUAGUGAUUAAUAAGUUUUAGUCAUUUUUUAUUAGUAGAAACAAGUUCCCGGACAUGGUUUUCACCUCAUCUCUUGAUGUGAAUAUGUUUUGGAAUGUGGCGAUGGUUCUCUCA